AUGGCUUAUAAGCCCUCUGCCUGGAAGAAUAAGGAAACAGAGGCAGUAAACACAGGCCUGCAGAAAAUUGUAUCACCAUCAGAGAUAUGUCGCAAAUUUCCAACCAACACAGGAUUGGCAAGGAUCUGGCGUGUCCUGUGUGUGCUCUGCUACGUGGGUGCAUCCUUGUGUGUGAAUCAGGUUGAGUAUGAAGGGAACUACCAAGACAACUAUGACAACGAGAUCUCUCAGGAUCAGCAGGAGGGGGAGUCUCCAACUACACCAUGCCAGACUGCAGAUUUCUCCCGCUGGGACAAGCUUUUCAUCGCUCUGGAGGACUCCCACAUGAGGCAGAACAUGCUGCUAGAGUCUCUCGAGCAGCGCUGUGGAGGAAUGGUCUCUCUCAGGGCGCAGAUGGACAAACUGGUUAGAGGGACAUGCCAACAGUGUCUACCCAGCAUGGAGUCAGCAUGCCAGAGGCAAACAGAGCAGGCGAGUCUCAGGCUGCAGCGAGGCUUGCAGGAGCUCAGGGAGGAGGGAGCAGAGAGAGAGAGGAGGUUAAACUCUACCUUGCAGAUGCUCCUGCACAACAGUCACGAGGAGAAUGCCCGGCUGACGCUGCUGGAGGAAGAUAGCAUUUACAGAGUGGCGCCAUCGGCAGCAGCGGACAGCUUUCCGGGGAUGGGACAUGAGCCAACACCAAGACCUGGAGGUUUGGGGACAGCUUCUGGCUUGGGUGUGAAGCCGUUGCCAUCUGGCCUGAAGGAGCAGGAAGUGACUUCACCACUGGACAUGGCCACAAUGGGAAGGGCCCUGGUCUCCAUAGCAACAGAGCUGCAGAAGGUUCACCUGCAGCUGAGCAAUGUGAUAGAGCAGGCAGGAACACUGAGGAAGGACAGAGGAGACACAUGAGGGGAAAGAAUAAUGAAAGAUUGACUGGGAGCUCUCCAGUGAUAAUGCUUUUGCACAUAUUCAUUUUUUGAUGUUGUUUUUUAUAUGUGAGGUUGAUUUUGUCUGGUGACAAUGACUUUAAAUGUACCAUAAAAGUUGUGGGUUUACUGUAAUGAAUAAAAACUAAUUAAACAACCAAAUUAGCCUCAUGGAAAGG